AUGUCUGCAGAGGCAGCUGCAUCCGCGCGUGACCCUGAAUUUGGCAGUGGCAGGGUGAAGGAGCAGAAUAUGAGUGGCCGGUGGCGUGUGCCCUGGUAUGAGCGGUUCGUGCAGCCCUGUCUGGUCGAGCUGCUAGGCUCUACCCUCUUCAUAUUCAUUGGGUGCCUUUCAGUUAUCCAGAAUGGGCCGGACACUGGGCUGCUGCAGCCGGCCCUGGCCCAUGGGCUGGCCUUGGGCCUCAUCAUCGCCACAUUGGGGAACAUCAGCGGAGGGCACUUUAACCCUGCCGUGUCCCUGGCAGCUAUGCUGAUUGGAGGUCUCAACCUGAUGAUGCUCCUUCCCUACUGGAUCUCCCAGCUGUGUGGGGGGCUGAUUGGAGCUGCCUUGGCCAAGGCAGUGAGCUCCGAGGAGAGGUUCUGGAAUGCAUCAGGGGCGGCCUUUGUGACAGUCCAGGAGCCUGGUCAGGUGGUAGGGGCAGUGGUGGCAGAGGUCAUCUUGACAACACUGCUGGCUCUGGCCGUAUGCAUGGGCGCCAUCAACAAGAAGACCCAGGGCCCCCUGGCCCCCUUCUCCAUUGGCUUCUCCGUCACCGUGGAUAUCCUGGCUGGGGGUGCUGUGUCUGGAGCCUGCAUGAACCCGGCUCGUGCCUUUGGACCUGCUGUAAUGGCCAACCACUGGAACUUCCACUGGAUCUACUGGCUAGGCCCACUACUGGCCAGCUUGCUUGUUGGAGUGCUCAUCAGGUUCUUCAUUGGAGAUGGGAAAACCCGCCUAAUCCUAAAGGGCCGGUGA